GACAAGUGCGUCUCAGCUCACUGCGUUUAAACUUUGACAAAGUUCAGACUCAGAGGAAUAAACAGAGAGAAGAUGGGAGUCGGGACAUUUCACAGGAGCUCGCUGCAGGCUGCGUGGCUGUGUUGUCUUUUGGCUGCCCAGGUGCACAGCUGUCCAGAUGCCUGCACAAAGUGUUCCCAAAACAACCAGUGUGAGGAGUGCAGAGCAGGAUGGAUGCUUCAUAACAACACCUGUGUAGAUGUUGAUGAGUGCGACACUGAACUGGGCGUCUGUCCUGCAAACAGCUACUGCUUCAACACAGACGGCUCCUUUCAGUGCAGAGACUGUGACUCGGCCUGUGCGGGCUGUAUGGGUAGUGGACCAGCACGCUGCAGGAAAUGUGCCUCUGGGUACACACUGACGGGGUCCAAGUGUUUGGAUAUAGAUGAAUGCAGUGACAGAGUACUCGCCUGUCAUGGUCUGGAUGAGAUUUGUACUAACACAGAGGGCUCUUUCCGCUGCGACUGCGCUGAAGGAUUCAUCCAUAAGGACGGUGUCUGUGUAAAGAAGCAGCAGCCCUCGAGUCCAGAGAAAGGUUUGUUUGAGGAUAUCCAGGAUGACGAGGUUGAGGUGCUGCAGCAGAUGCUCUUCGGGGUGGUGCUGUGUGCUCUGGCCACACUGGCUGCAAAGGGAGAUUUGGUCUACACAUCUGUAUUCAUGGGAGCGGUGGCGGCCAUGGCAGGGUACUGGCUCUCUGACAGGGGAGACCGAUUGUUAGACAGUUUCCUGAAAGGAAAAUAA